UCUUGUCCGACGGUCCGACCCCAACCCGAGCGCACGUCUGCUCGAACUGCUGAAAAGCGAUCCCCGCAUCAUCCGCCCGCCGCCGCGGCGAAGCCCGCCCGUUCUUCCCCGCCUUCCUCCGCCUCCGCCCAAACGCACCGCUCCUGCUCGCCGACCUCUCCCUCCGAAGCCCACCGAGCAGGCUAUUCACUGGAAUCGGAGGAUAGGACUACAUUAGGUUUGAGGGUCGGCUUUUUAAGCAUACCUGCAGUAGACUGAUGACUCCAAAAUGGAGUGAGUGCCCUUCAAAUAGUCACAGAGAACUAUCUUUGCAUGAAAAUGAAAAUAAGGAUGGCAAUGUUUAUAAAAGGAGAAAGAUGGAUAAAGAUUCAAAUUCACUUGUAGCAGAUGAAGAAGUUAAAGAACUGACAAUUCAAAGUUGCACUACCUCUGAAGAUCACUCUUCACUACUGCUCCCUGUUAUUAAUCCCUCAUAUCCAGUAUUUUCAAAUUUGAUGGCAGGUAAGAUAGACCCUGUCCUAGAGCUUGAAGAGCCUGCUGGAGUUUCAUUGGAGCCAAAUUCUGGUGUGAACGAAAGAUGUUCAGUGUCAAGUAUGCCACCAUCUUCCGUGAUACUAGACAAAAAGGAUGCUUCUGUAUGGUCCUCAUCAAAUAUACGCCCUACAGAACCGACAACAGAGCUCACAUCAGCAAGGGAUCUAUGCAUUGCUAUACUGAGAAAAGAUGGACUCAUAACUGAGUCACAAACUAAAAUCGUUUCAGAGGAAUCCACUGAUCGUAAUGCCAACCACUUGGUGACAUGCAAUGCUUGUGGAAGCUUGGAUGUUCCACUAAAGAUGCUUAUAUGUGAUUCUUGUGAAGCAGCAUUCCAUUUGCCUUGUUGCAUCCCUUGUAUUAAGGUGGUACCAGCUGGUGAAUGGUAUUGUCAGCCAUGCUUGAAGAAGAAACCUAAGAGUCUUUAUGGUCAACUAUUAGAGGGCAAGGUCAGGUCUUCCGGGAAUAUGGACCAAAGGCCUCAUGGCAUGAGUCAUAUAGAGUACAUGUUCAAAGAUGUCGAAUCAUACGUUACUGGGGUUCGACUUGGUGGAGAUUUCCAAGCUGAAGUGCCAGAAUGGUAUGGUCCCAUUUCCAGUAGCGAUGGUUAUUUCACAGCGCCCUCUGAAUUUGAUCCUGCUGAACUCAUGAAACUGAAUUUCUGUUCAAAGAAUAAUCAGAACAAAUCUUCAAGUUCAACUGGUAAUUGGGUACAAUGCCGUGAGGUCUUGAGCACAGGAGAUCCUAACAAGCCAGUAAUCUGCGGCAAGUGGAGAAGGGCACCCCUAUAUGUUAGUCAGUCAGAUGAUUGGGAUUGUUUUUGUUGUCUUCUCUGGGAUCCAGCUCAUGCUGAUUGUGCUGUUCCACAGACAGGAUAGGGUUUCCCAGCUGCCACCCCUGGGUUGCUGUAUGGCUGCUGGCGUCGAGCUGCCCUAGGCGUGGCCUGCCCCUCCCUUUCUCGAUCUCCAUCCAGGACCCCUCCUAUCGACUCUUCUCAGCCAGGCCCUCAGCAGAUCCGCCCCCACUGAGCAGGAGAUUAUUGCUUUGUUUCGUCGACUGGUUGCCUCUGCCUCGUCCUCGCCAUACAGGUCUGCUUCUAGUGCUUGUGGUUCCGCACCACCACCUCCUCCUGGUAUAUCAUCUCCAUGGUUUCUUGACUGGUGCUUCCUUUCACACGAUACCAGACUCUUCGUGUCUCACUGUACUCAGUCCUCCUGAUGCACGUCUCCGUGUUCACACAGCCGAUGCCCGAUGGCACCUCACUUCCCGUUGUUGGACACGACACUCUUUCUACUUCGUCUUUAAUGUUCCCACUAUGUCUCAUGUUCCCAAAUUGACUAUGCAGCUUAUGCCAGCCGGUCAAAUCGUUGAUCAUGCUUGUCGUAUUAUUCCUGAAUCUGACUCCUGGUGUGCUCAGGAUCGAUGCACAGGGCUUCUGGUGGGGACUGGUCCUAGGAGACGUGACUCUCGGGGCCUAUGGGAACUUGAUUGGUUGUACCUUCCUUCUACUUCCUUUGCUAACUAGUCGACCAGCUCCACCGCCUCUGCUUCAGCCAUUGCCUCAACCACUUCUUUUUGGGAAACUGAUCUGUUUCAGCCGGACGUAUAUCAAUCGCGCAUCAGCCGCCUCCUUUGUGCCCCACGUGUCCCCUGGGCCCGGGCACCACGUUCUCUUUCCUAAUUAUCUUUUCCACCGACUACUCUCAGCCAUAUCUUUCUUUGGCACGAGUCAACCAGCACAUCCUCUCCGAUCUGGAUUUCUUUGCUCUCCCUUUCGCCCUGGCGAUGCUGCCACCACUACGGCAAGGCGGCGCCAUGAUGCUUCACGCCGGAGACAACCUCGAUGCUGCAAUACGCCAUCGUCACCUGUCUUGUGACAACGAGCGGCGAUGUCGUGAGGGGGAGAUGCGGCAUGCCGAUCAGCCGAUGGAUGUCGAUGCUGUAGACGGGCGCCGGUGUUGCAAUCCCCAUCGUCGCCGGUGCUGCAAAGGCGGGCGGCGUUGUUGUGAGGGGAAGGUGCAGCGUGUUGAGCCACCAUGGCUGCCCCGAGCGGGUGCUACAAGUCGGCGUCAACGCUGCAAGCAACUACGUCGUCGGUGCUGCAACGGCGGGGCGGCUGCUGCGAGCAAGCACUGCAGGCUGGUGUCGAUGCUGCAAGCUGGUGAUGCUGUGACGGAGGACGAAUAAGUUACGAUGGCAGGAUGUUGUGAGGCCAGCGGCGUUGUACGGCGAGGGGAGCGCCCGUGCUGGGUGGGAGAUUCCCUGAGAUGUUGUGAGGCCGCUCACCGGAAGCAUCUGAUGCUGCAAGGCCACUCGCCAGAAGCAUCUCAUGCUGCAAUGACGCAUGCUGGCGGGAGCGCUGGUGCUAAGAAGAGACAGCUGUAUGCUGCGAGGCCUCUCGUUGGAAGCAUCGGAUGUUGCGAGGUCGCUUGCUGGAGGAAGCGCCGGUGCUGCGAGGCGACUACCAGAUGUUGCAUGACAUGCUUCAACGACCACUUCGACGAGGCAUGCUGCGACGGCAUUGACGACCGCGGUGAUACUUCGACGGCCAUAGCGACGAGGCGUGCUGCGACGGCAUCAAUGACCGCGGCGAUGCUGCUACUGCAAUGACCAUCAGGAUGCUGCGACGUCGACCGCCAAGGCGUUUAUGUUCGCGUGACGAUGCUGCGGGGUGACUGCGACGGCGGUCGGCGGCGUGUUGAGCGAUGCUACGAUGGAUGGCGACCGAGCGGCGAUGCUGUUGGGGAGUGGGCAGAACUGCUACUACGAUGCUGGUCGGCCAGCAAAGCGUGAAGGUAAUGCUGCGACGGCCACAACAAUGUUUGUAUUGCAGCAUCCAGAGGUCGCCCUUUCGGCGAGGACGAUGUGUCCGACGUUGCCGCGGUGACGCUGGUUCUAUGACGGAUGUUGGCUUGCGAUAGGGAAGAAAGAAGCUAACAGCCCUGCUACGUGCAUCAUGUGUUGCGACUGUGAUAGAGAGUACUAAGAGGAAGCUCGUUGUCACUUCAUCCGGUUGCUCGAGACGUCCAGAUCGGAUGGCUGGGGAGGCGGCUGUUAACUGGCGUUUUACAGCUGGAUGGUGCCUAGCAGGCCCCCUUCUUUUGUCCACAUCUCUCAUGUUGUCUGCAUUUUGAGCCAGUCUGUUUCGGCUCCUACUCAGCUUCAGUACUUCCACCAAUUUUGGGUUCUACGAUAUCUUCAUGGCAUCUCCUCUCGCCACCUUUUCUUUCCUUGUUCGAGUUCCUUGGAGCUUCAGGUGUAUUCUGACGCCACGUGGGCUAGUGAUCAUGGUGAUCGUUGAUCCCUUUCAGCCUAUUGUGUUUUUCUUGGUUCAUCUUUGAUUGCCCGGAAGACUAAGAAACAGACAUCGGUUUCCUGUUGGAGUGCUGAGGGUGAGUUGAGGGCUAUGGCAGCAUUGACAACUGAGGUCACUUUGUUGCGGUGGCUUCUUGAUGAUUUUGGGGUUUCUACUACUGCACCGGCUCCUCUCUCUUCAGCACCGGCGCAAUCAACAUUGCUCGUGAUCCUGUGAAGCAUGAGCUCACCAAGCACAUUGGUGUGGAUGCUUCUUACAUGCGAUCGCAGGUGCAAGACCGGAUUGUGGUUCUCCAGUUCGUGCCCUCUGAGCUCCAACUAGCAGAUUUCUUCAUGAAGAACGAACUCGAGCCCACCACAGCUUUUUUCUUUCCAAACUCAGUGUUGUAGACCCACCCUGAGUUUGAGAGGGGAGGGGUGUCAAGUGUAGUACUGCCAUGUAGAGGGUGGUGUAGUUAUUCCCUUCUGUAGGGGGUAUAUGUGCACAUGUACCUUGUCUAUAUCUGGCCUGUUUGGCCCAUAGCAAUACUAAGGUCAAUUUCAUCGUACUCUACACUCCAAACUUCAGUAAUAAAUUGAGUAAGGUUUUGAAUACUCGUUAGAAACUGCUUCUGCUUCGAAUAUACAAUGUAUGACCGAUAUCUCAGGAAAUCCUGCUGGUAUCUGGCCAUCUACUAGUACACAAAAUUUGGUUAGCCUAGUAUACGUCCCGAAUAGUAGAUACACAUGCUACUUCAAAGUGAUGCCUUUUAAUCUCUCGAAAUA